AUGCUAUCGCUCAGAAGAUCAUUACAAACGAUAGCUCCAAGGCUGGCUUUACAACAGCAUCGACAGCUGUCGUCGUCUAUUCCAAGAUCCAACUUGUUUGAUUUCUUCCGUAGGGCGGGUGUGAAGGAUGAGUCCAAGCCUGUGCCUAAACAGACCAAGACGAAAGAUGUAAUGAAGGAACUUGAAUCUGGAGAAUCAGAAGUAGUCAGCGAUAAAAGAGUAAAAUUAAGAGUUCUUGGUGCUCCACCUAAAGACGAGUCAUGGGAACAGGAAAGAAACCAAUUUGAGGUUAAUGCCUGGCCCUUAAAAGCGACAGCUCCUGAGCUUCAAGAGACCCAAGUUACCGAAGCCCUUCAAAACGCAUACAACAAGCAUUUCACCAGUAGUAAUGACACAUCUGCAUCAUAUCUCGACCAAAGUCUAGACGACUUGAACCUUCGAUUCAGUUAUACUAAGGAAGUGUCACGGGAGCUCUCAGUCAUUAUCCCUGAUGCUGUUUUAUCUAAAGUCCAGACUAUUGGAGAUGUGUAUGAAUAUCUGACCACAAAAGUUGCUGGCCGCCGCUAUGAUGAAAACCAGCCAGAAGCUAUUUACCUGGAUCCUAAAGAAUUUGAAGGAUUAAACAUCACUAUACGGGAUGCUAUUUCUGAAAAGAGAAACAAGAAGUUGCGCUUCAAGGAAGCCCUUGCAGGUGCUAGAAAUGCCGAGAAGGCAAGACAAGAAGAGCUUUUGCAAAAGGCACUCAACUCAUAA